AUGCGAGCAAUCGGCCUCUACAACGAGUUCUUGUCUGUGACAGGAGACGACAACGGGAUCGAAAUGUUGGACAUCGGGGCGACGGUCGCAACCGUGCAGCCGCACCCGUUCAUUGUGUGGACCGUCAGCCGGAUAUCCCGAGACCAGUCAACCUACCAACUCCGCAACAACUUUACACACCUGUGUUUGUACGCCCACUGGAUUGUAGACAUGGGACACCACUUUGUAGGCGGCUCGCCCUGCAACGCCUCGGAUGUGAGCCAACACUGGCGAUUUCUCCAGUACACCACAGCCGUGAGCAAGCUCUUGUUCUACGAGCUCCAGCACGCCGUGCACGGCUCAUCCCAAUCGCCGUGGUGUGUCCGAGUGCCUUCCAUGACGGCGAAUUCGCCGAACGCUGUCUUGGACACGUGCUCGAUUGGCGACCCAACCCUCGAACGCCAUACGUACUUUGUACUGCUUCCGGUUUUGUUGUAG